GAAUUAUUUGAUUCAGGUUAUAAUUAUAAUAUACAAAGUAAAACAUUUUUAGAUCUAGAAGAAGAAGAUGAUGAUGAUGAUAUGGAUAAUAAUCAAUCAUUUUCAUCAAAUCGUCAACAAAAACAACAUCCAGAUCAACAUUCACAGCCAUCAAAUUCAAAACAACAAUCAACAAAUAAUGAUGAUGAUGAUGAUAAAAAUAAAUUUGAUACUGUACAACAAUGGAGUGAUUCAGGUGUUUGUAUAACCGAUUCUGGCCUUAGUAUACAAGAAGAUUUUGAAUCAAAUUACGAAUCUAAUAAUGAUACGAAUGAAAAUAAUAAUCAACCAAAAUUUAAACAGGAAAAAAUUAACAAUAGACAAUCAAUUGAUUCGAAUGAAAAUAAAAAUGCAUUAGAAUUAUGGCUUAAACAUAAUAGUGAUGCUGUAACUUUACUUCAUUUAGCAAUCAUUGAAGGACUUGAAGAUAUUGCUUGUUCAAUAAUUAAAAAUAUUUCUACUUCUAAUGAGAUGCUCAAUUCUUUUAAUUAUCUUUAUCAGAAUCCAUUACAUUUGGCCAUUUUAAAACGACAAAUUAACGUCAUUCCUCUUCUUAUUUUGAAAGGUGUUUCAUUAACAUUUCAGGACAAUUUGGGCAAUACUCCAUUACAUAUUGCUUGUAAAUACUCAUUGAUGAAUAUUGUGGAAAUAAUACUAUCAACUGCCUCGAUUAAAAAUGUAGCCAAAUGUUUGGAAAUUCGUAAUUAUGAUGGUGACACUUGUCUACAUUUAGCUGCCUAUAAUAAUGAUUUAAAACUUUUAGAAUUAUUUAUUCGAUCAGGUGCAAAUUUGGAUAUUCAGGAAGGAAAAAGUGGAAAAACCAUUUUACAUUGGGCUAUCGAAAAUUUACACGUACAAUUAGUCGGUUUUCUUUUGAAGAAUCAGGCAAACAUAAUGGCUGAAACAUUUGCCGGGAAAACCCCAUUGCAUUUUCUAUUAAAAAAAUCAUCAAUCAGACAAUAUAAUCAACACGAUUCAUCAACAUCAUUAACGCAAUCAAACAAAUCAAAAAUUUAUAAAAUUAUUCGUUUAUCAAUUGAAUAUUGUAAUGAGAAAAAAUUAUCAUUAGAUACGAUAACUAAUUUAUCCGAUGAUACGGAUACAUCGGAUAAUGAAAGCUAAUUUCUAUUAAUAUAUAUGAUAUAUGAUAAUCGAUUGAUUUUUUUUUACAAUUUGUGGUUUGUACAUAAUGAUGACAAUCACUUGUUUUUUUUUCUUCAACUACAACAAAAAAAAAA